AUGAGUGCCCGUUUGCUUUCCUCCGCAGCCGUUUCGGCAGCUUUCUCUCGCCGUCCUCAGCUACAUGCUACCACCGGUCGUCGUCUAUUAUCAUCUCCCAUAUCAUCUGUAUCUACCGGUAGAGCUUCUUCAACAUCGGCUGGCCUUCUUCGGGUCAGCUAUGCAUUACGCUCACGCGCAUUCUUACGGGCUGGGCAAUUAUCCAGGUCACAUUCUGGUGCUGCUGCAGUUAGGUCGCUAAGUUUCUCCCGCGCGAUUCCAAAACUGGUUUUGAAGUUUGCAAGGGUCCCCGCCGCUUUUGGCGGGGCUAUGGUUGCUGGUCUCGCCUACGUUCAGUAUCAAGCACAACGUGGGGGUUUCAAAUCUUGGGAUUGGGUGAAACAAGCUAAUUUCCUACCUUAGAGGCCGGAACUUACGCUAUCGGCGUUUUCAACUCGGCGGGUGAAGUGGUAGGAUCUGCGGUUGCUGGGGCAAAAAAGACCGCUGGGGAUCUCUACGGAGGUGUCAGUGAAGGAAUCAAUGGCCUUGAGGUUCCAGAAUGGAUGCAAGAUCUCCUGACCUUCGGGGGAUCCGGAGGUGAGGGUGAUGAGGGUGCUGGUGGGGGUGCUGGUGGGGGUGGGGGGGGGAAGAAAGGGCCCGAAGAUGAAGGAGAUAAUCGGACCUAUGCAGCGGGUGCUGCUGCUGCUACGGCAGUCGCGUUUGGUUAUGGUGAUGGUGAUGCGAGAUCCGAGCAACAAAGCGCUAAGGACGAUCAGAUGAUGGUAUUGACAAAGAAGAUGAUUGAGAUAAGGAGCAUCUUACAAAAGGUGGGCCAGACGGCAGCUCUCCAGCUGCCUUCCAUCGUGGUUAUCGGCUCCCAGAGUUCUGGUAAAAGCUCUGUCUUGGAAGCGAUUGUUGGUCACGAGUUUCUUCCUAAGGGAUCCAAUAUGGUGACCCGUCGACCCAUUGAGCUCACUUUAAUCAAUACACCUGAUUCGCCGUCUGAAUAUGGGGAGUUUCCGGCUCUGGGUCUCGGCCGCAUCACUGAUUUUGCACAAAUCCAAAAAACCCUGACAGAUCUUAACUUGGCCGUUCCAGAAGCUGACUGUGUCUCCGAUGAUCCCAUUCAACUGAAUAUCUAUUCACCAACUGUUCCCGAUCUCUCGCUCAUUGAUCUACCAGGUUACAUCCAGAUAAGCGCCUUGGACCAACCCGAGGAGCUGAAGGCAAAGAUCGCGGCUUUAUGUGACAAAUAUAUCCAACCCCCGAAUGUGAUCCUUGCCAUCUCAGCUGCGGAUGUUGACUUGGCAAACUCUACAGCACUGAGGGCAAGUAGGCGAGUCGAUCCGAGAGGAGAAAGAACAAUUGGGGUUAUCACAAAGAUGGACCUCGUCGACCCUGGACGAGGAAAUGCAAUUCUGAAAGAUAGGAACUACCCUUUGAGGCUGGGUUAUGUAGGCGUUGUUUGCCGGGCACCAAGCGCCAAGUUCUCCUUUGGUAGGAACGUCAACAUCACAAAUGCUAUAAGCAAGAAUGAGAACACCUUCUUUGGAGCGCAUCCGGAGUUUGCAGCGCCGGAUAGCGGCGUUACCGUUGGCACAACAAAUUUGAGGAAAAAGCUUAUGUUUGUGCUGGAACAAACAAUGGCCCAGAGUCUUCAGGCCACUAGCGAUGCUAUUCACCAGGAACUAGAGGAAGCUACCUAUGAGUUCAAGGUUCAAUACAAUGACCGUCCUUUAACCGCAGAAACAUACUUGGCCGAGUCCUUGGAUAAAUUCAAGCACUCUUUUAAAGACUUUACAGAGCACUUCGGACGACCGCAGGUUCGGCAGCUCCUGAAACACGAACUAGAUCAGAAGGUGCUUGAUUUCUUAGCUUCGAGGUACUGGAAUAAGCCCCUCAGCGAGGAUAAGCCUUGGGACAGACAGGACGAACGGCCUAUAUCUGAACUGCCCAAUGCCGAUCCUGAAAAUCUUUAUUGGCAUAGAAGACUGGACGCUUCUACAUCUGCUUUGACAAAAUUGGGUGUUGGAAGGCUUGCAACUAAUGUCGUAGCCAACGCUCUUCAGCAACACAUGGAUCGCCUCAUCUCUGAAUCAACCUUUCGCGCACAUCCCUUUGCCAAGCAGGCUAUCCAGGAGGCCACAAACGCAAUUUUGAACGAGAGGUUCUACUCGACAAGUGACCAGGUCGAGAACUGCAUCAAACCUUACAAGUUCGAGAUUGAGGUGGACGACCGCGAGUGGGCUCAAAGCCGGGAAAAUUCGCAGAAUUCAUUGAAGGAGGAGCUUAAGGCUUGUGAAGAGGCUUUAAAAAAUUUGAAGAGCAAUAUUGGGACCAAGAAACUUGUUCAAGUUAUGUCAUUUGUCGAUAAGCUCCGGCAAGGAGAACAUGCGGAUAUGAAAGAGGGGACAGAGGCAUUCGGUUUCAGUCAGCCCCUGUUACAAAAAGGUAUGCACCAUGACGUCAGCAAUCGUGUUUAGCGAUUAAUUUGUGGUUAGGAAGGGAAGGCGUCUUCUUGAGGGACAGAGCCGAGAUACUUAAAAUGCGCUUGUAUGCUCUCAAGAGCAAGCAAUGCGCAACCUCAGCGAACAAAUAUCAUUGCCCUGAAAUUUUCUUGGAUGUUGUCGCGGAGAAACUUACGUCUACCGCUGUUCUGUUUUUAAAUGUAGAGCUGCUCUCAGAGUUUUAUUAUAACGUAUGAUGAAAUCUCCGGAUAUACUACUUGGUCUUUUUCUGAUUGAUACCGUUAGUUUCCGAGAGAGCUCGAUAACCGCCUGGGCCGUCAUCUCUCGCAGCAACAAGUCGAAUCGUUUGCCAAAGAGGACCCCAAAAUCCGAAAACACAUCGAGCUUCAGCAACGAAAGGAACUUCUCGAGUUGGCCCUUGAAAAGAUGGAAAGCUUGAUGGCCUUGGAGAAGAGCAAGAAGGCACCAGUGGUAGGCGAAGGGAGCGUCAGGACAGGUAGAUGGGGUGGGAUAUUUUAGACAAGGGAUGUGGCAAUGAUUGUGUUGGCAAUGACGGCGUUCAAAGGAUGGUUGACCUUUUUUUCAUUUAUUUUCCUUCUUUCUCGUUCUCUAACGCGCUUGGGUCUUCUUUUCUUCUGGUUCGUUGGCUCUCUGAUCUCCGUACGAUGUCGUGUGAUUACAACUUUCAACUCUUAUACGGUUACGCCCAUAUGCAUUUUCAUUUGUGUGAUGGGUGGUUGGAUGCGGUGACUCGGGAAUUUGAAUUUCGGCGGAACGCUUGGCUGGAGCGUCAAUAUAAUAUAGGUUGUUUUUUGGGAAAUGCAUCUAUUACGAG